AUGUCCCCUCGAAAUGUGAACGUGCUGGUCACUAGCUUCGCUGGUCUAGGACUACCACCGACCCUCGUUCUUCCACUGGCAUCAUCGACAACAGUUACAGAGCUGCGCGAACGCAUAGAUGAUCGACUCCCGACGACUCAGUCAAGACUCAUCCUCACCACACUAUCCAACAAGCAACUUCCAUCCUCAUCAGACGCUCCCAUCUCCAGCUAUCUCUCCGCUGCCGACGAUGAAUUCCUUUCCUUGCGACUCGCGGUCCCCCUUUGUGGUGGCAAGGGUGGUUUCGGAUCUCAACUUCGAGCCGCGGGUGGUCGCAUGUCUUCGCGCAAAAAGAAGAGCCAAGAGGACCACGGAUCUAGCCGAAACCUGGAUGGGCGACGUCUGCGUACUGUAAAUGAGGCUAAGGCUUUGGCUGAGUAUCUAGCUAUCAAGCCCGAGAUGGAAAAGAAGGAGAAAGAGAAGCGCCGUGAGCGUUGGGAACAGAUCGUUCAAAUGUCCGAGCAGAAAGAAGCUGAGAUUAAGUCGGGCAGUAAGAGUCGCCUUGACGGUCAGUGGGUCGAGGACAAGGAAGAGAGCAGCGAGCGAACUCGAGAGGCUGUUCUAGCUACCAUGAAGGCCGGUAACUACAAAGACAACUUGCUUGGCACAUCUCACGACUCAAGCUCUACACAGCCAAGCAACGACCAAUCCAGUUCAGAUGAGGACAAGGGUACAUCAUCCGAGCAGUCAACGCCGCCCCCCGCCGAGGGAGCCAAAGCCGACAAGGGCAAAGGCAAAGCUACGACAUUCUUUGGAUUCGAUGAGGACGAUGAAUUUAUGAGUUCAGAUGAUGAGGAUGAGGGAAAAUAA